AUGAUUGGGAGGGGAUUGGAACACCUGAAUCACAUGAUUGGAGGGGAUUGGAACACCUGAAUCACAUGAUUGGAGGGGAUUGGAACACGUGAAAUCACAUGAUUGGAGGGGAUUGGAACACCUGAAUCACAUGAUUGGAGGGGAUUGGAACACCUGAAUCACAUGAUUGGAGGGGAUUGGAACACCUGAAUCACAUGAUUGGAGGGGAUUGGAAUCACCUGAAUCACAUCAUUGGGAGUGGAUUGGAACACCUGAAUCACAUGAUUGGGAGGGGAUUGGAAACACCUGAAUCACAUGAUUGGGAGGGGAUUGGAACACCUGAAUCACAUGAUUGGGAGGGGAUUGGAACACCUGAAUCACAUGAUUGGAGGGGAUUGAAACAUCUGAAUCACAUGAUUGGGAGGGGGAUUGGAACACCUGAAUCACAUGAUUGGGAGGGUGAUUGGGGC